AUCUGAGGGUCUCUGCUCAGAACCUUACACAGCAGCGCUGCCGCCCUAUCCCUCCGGCGUCGCGCUUAGCGUCAGCGGAUUCGGUUCGUUCACGUUGUGGGGCACGGCAUUCACCUGCGAUCGACCCAGGCUCCUCGUUCCUUGAAGUCCUAUCCGUUGCUGGCGCGAUGAGAUGAGAGUUCCGACUUGAGAAGAUCUCGAAUUCGACGAGAUGUGUGUGACGAAGCUCCUGACAUCGUUGGUAGUUCUCGCACUGGCCCGCGCUCAGCAGAAUCCGACGAUUUCGUACAUCUCCAAGGAGAGAGUCGUGAACAUCGGAGACACCACGGAGCUGGAAUGCUCGGUACAGUACGCGCAAAGUUAUCCGAUUCUCUGGGUGAGAAUCGAUCCUCGACAUCCCGAAAGCCCAACUAUUAUAUCAACAGGGGGCUCGGUGAUCGUACCCGAGCAUCGAUUUAGUAUCCGGCACGACGACGUCUCCUCAACAUACACGUUGCAGAUUUCUAAAAUCCAAGAAACCGAUACGGGGCUCUACCAAUGUCAGGUGACAACAUCAUCAACUCACAAAAUUACCGCUGAUGUGUGGCUACACGUGCGUAUUCCGCCAAUAAUUUCCGACAACUCUACCAGAUCCAUCAUUACGUCGACAGGAGCAAAUGCCUCUUUAGAGUGCUACUCCGAGGGAUUUCCGCCGCCCCGCAUAACGUGGCGUCGGGAGAAUAAUGAUCUUUUGCCAACUGGCGGAGCGAUAUACCGAGGAAAUGUUCUGAGGAUAUUCGGAGUUACCAAGGACGAUCGCGGCACUUAUUACUGCAUUGCGGACAACCGUGUAGGGAAAGGUGCUCGGCGCAACGUCGGUGUGGAGGUGGAGUUCGCUCCCUACGUCACAGCAGAUCGGCAACGCUACGGUCAAGCCCUGCAGUACCCGAUGGAUUUGAUGUGUCAUGUUGAGGCUUUCCCCUCACCGUCUAUCCAGUGGUACAAAGACGGCUAUCAGAUAUCCGACAACCAGCAUUACAAAAUAUCCAUAUUCGCUACCGCGGACGAGUUCACGGAUUCUGUCUUGAGGAUAAUCGCCAUCGAGAAGAAACAGUACGGAAAUUACACUUGCAGAGCGAUCAACAAACUCGGCUCCUCUGACGUCAGCAUCGAACUUUUCGAAACUGUGAACGUCGUGUGUCCGCCAGCCUGCGACGCUCAAUAUCUCACAACGGCAUCGUAUUCUCUGCUUCCGUCAAUCGGACUGCUUGUGCUCAUGCUCAAUUUGCUGACGCUGGCACAAGUCUGAGCGCCACUGCUCAGGAUUGAAGCGGGAGAUCAGAGCCGAAGAUUGAAUGUGCAAAUCAGGAAAGUCCGGAUCAUUCUUCCACAGUUCCUCGAGCAUUUUGAGACAGACUAACGAAAUUCUCUUCGCGGAAAACUUUAUGGUUUUUGUACAUACAUGCGUGAAAUAAUCGGCGUGAUGAUGAGACAUAUAUCAUGGUU